AUGCAGAAAGCCUCCAGGAGGUCGACUCGGUCGCGAAUAUCCAAGGCUUGCGACCGUUGUCGUCGACAGAAGCUCAAGUGUGACUCAGUUCGUCCGUGUGUACUAUGCACUCGUGCUGGUCACAAAUGCGAGACAACCACAGCAUCACGUCGUCGUGUUUCUGAAUAUCAGGCACCGGCCACCCCAGCGGCUUCCGCCGGAUCUGAUACACCGCAGGUUUUACCGAGAAGAGCGUCCGAGGACCACCAACAAUAUGCCACUGGUACUUCAGCGAUUGGUUUCGCCAGACAGGUUUAUAACGAGGAGGAGACAGGACGGACCUUGACUGAAGCUGCUGUGCCGGGUGAUGUUGGCAUGGUGGGUGCUGAUAACUCACUAUGGGGUCUGAAAGAGACACCCAUGCCCCCAACGACUGUGAUGCUUGCAUUGAUCAACGCCUACUUUGACCGAAUGCAGUGGUUUAUUUUGGUACUUCACGAGCCCUCAUUUAGAGAAAUGGCCCAGCCAAUCAUCUCUCAGCAUCAAUGGCAACGCCGGGAUCUUGGUGCAGUCAUGACGGUGCUUGCUGUCGCUGUUAUCAGUUUACAAUCAGUCCUCCCCGACGCGGAUUGGCCUGGUCAUAUCCUUCUAUCCAGGCAUUCAAUUGAUGCCCAGGAUUUGCUGAACAAAUUUCUGACAGAGAUUCGUUCCCGUGUGCUUGACAUCUUGGAAGACCGCCGUAUAGAAGGGGUGCAAGUCUGUCUUCUACUCUGUUGCUAUUACAUGUUCCACAGCUCUCCAAAUAUGGCCUGGACCACGUGUGGCAUGGCUUUCAGAGCUGCAUAUGCCCUCAAUCUCCAAGAAACAAGCACAUCGUCGCUGCCUUCUAUCGCUAAUGAGACACGCUCUCGUUGCUGGAACCAGAUCAUCGUUUCGGAUACAUUCUGCUCCAUUCUCUAUGGGCGCCCUGCUUCUCUGCCUUCGGCCAACGUUCGUCAUCUACAGCUCGUCGACGACUUGGGCUUUGACCACUCACUGCUAAGUAAUCUAUCGGUGGAGAAUAGCGACGGAAUAACGUCGCGCGCCCCAUUUCACGUCUUAAAGACAGAUGUGUAUGCGAUUGCUCGCGAAAUUCUUAUCCGCUUCCGUCGGCUUGACCUGACAUCUGGUAUAGAGGAACAGAACCUGGAAGCUAUCAUUCGUAUUACCGAGGAGUCGAACGCUCUUCUCACUGACUGGUGGAAAGCCGUCCCGAGGUUAUAUGACUUUGACUAUUGGAAAGCAGAUGGUCGCUGGGAAACCGUUGAAGGGCAGCUGCAAACGCUGCCCCCUCAAGCAAGGCAGCAGGUGGAGACAAUCUAUCUACAGGCUGCUGUUCUUCAGUUGACGUAUGAUGGCAUGGUCAUACAAGCAAAUAGACCGCUGUUGGAGCGAAGAAUCAACAGGCUAACAUCUUCGCGGGCAAUCAUGGAUGCGAUGCAUAGGGCGCUAGACCGAGCCACAGCUGCUGCCCUUCGCAUAUCUCGUGUGCCAGUUCACACAUUAAAGAAUCACUUCGCUAUAGCAGUUGUAUCCAUGACAAAAUUUACUGCUGGUGUGAUACUGUGCAUACCUCCAACUGUGAAGCCUUUAACAGCCACCGCUCACGAGGCAAAGGAUGGGGUGGUAAGAAUAAUUCGCGCUAGUCGAAGUCUCAAGAGCCACGAUCGAAUAGCAAGGCAAACUGAACAGCUUCUGACGGAGCUGCUGAAAGUUACCACCCAGCGCGAGAUAUCACAUGCCUUGGCUGAUAAUAUCGAAACAAAUUGCCCUUCUGACACGCGAUUGACCGGUUCUGGGGUUGACGGCCCCUCGAAUGACUCCUUGAGUGCAGGGCGCUCCAGGAUAAUUCACGGACCCGCAGCGCAGGCCGCUGUAGAUCCUGUCCAGGGUACCUGGGACACAGACUAUAAUGCCCCCCCUGCCGUAAUGGGACCAUAUGAUUUCCUCCCUGCCCAGGCCUUUCAACAGCUGGACGAUACGUUUGGUGCAUUUGGAGAAUCCAUGUUUAACCUGGUCCCUGAUGAUCAAAACAGUACGUGGAACUGGGGCCGAACAUUUCCCUAG